GAGAGCCCCUUUCCAGCCUAUUUUAAAUGUCUCCUUCCUCCAACACGGCUAGUUUAAAUAAUCAGCUCACCAGCAAACUUUGCAGAAGCCUGACAACGAUCCUCAUCAUAUAAAUCAGGGGUGCUGGAGGAGGGAGACAUCAAAAACAGGCUCUUGGGGGACAGACUUGGGCAACAAUGAUUGUGAGCCUUCAGCCAGGACCUUGCAAUCUCCCCCAUCGAACAAUUUAUCCAUUGAGGGGACACAGACACUGUCAGCCAUGACCAUCAACUCACAGGCCCUUCAAUCGGAUUCAAAUUCUUCAGAAUACUAUCCAUGGACGUAUCAGAAUCCCUGUUUCCCGGGAUUUCAAGGCGCUGCAUUCUGCUACCAGAGUGAAGGAGCGCAGGUUGUGCCAAUCGCCAUGACGACGACGCAACCAGGUGACCUGACUGCCCCUCAUCUCCAGUACGCCAGCCCCAUUUUCACACAGGCCGUGCCACAGGGCGGCGUCCCUCGUAAACAGUCAGAACGCAGCCUGAUGAAGAACAGGGAAGCUGCCCGCGAAUACAGGCGGAGGAAAAAGGUCUAUAUUCAAGAUCUUGAGAAACGUGCGGAAAAGCUUGAAACUGAAAAUAUGGCCUUGAAGGAAGAACUGAAAACCUGGAAAAUGGGGCAACAGAAAUUCCAAUAAUUUUCCCACAAAUGGCUGGAAUCCUUUCCGAGUCUGCGUUUGAAUUGCACGUUUCUGUUCAUCAUAUGACAUUUAUUUUUUUAUUAUUUGGUUACUGGGACACGUUUGUUCAUGCAGCCUGCAACGAAUAUUCUGGGAUGUUUAGCUUCUGUGAUUUUCUGUCACAAGCUAGCGAAAAAUUCAGUCACAUCAGAUUUCUGGAAUUAAAAAAAUACCAAAAAAAAAAAAAAAGCCAGAAUGCAGGCAAUGGGGAAUUGUUAUAAAACUGUCCAACAUCGACUUUUUCAAUGUUUGAAAUUGUGACAUGAAUCAUGGAGGCAAAUCCCAAGUUUUAUUUUUAUCAAGAUGGAGGAUUAGUUCAAUGAUUUUGCAAAUAUGAGCAAAUGAGUAUUGUCCAACACUGGUAUGGUGGUGGGGGGAAAAAAGUGUUGCUCUGAAUACUUGAAACAAAAUGUGUGAAAGACUUGCACAGUAUUCUCGCAAACAGAUACUGUGUUGAGCAGUGUCAUGAUAUGUGAACGGGAGGAGGCGUCACCAACAGAUUUUUGCACAGCCCCACAUGGGAAUGGACCAGAACUGUAAAUGCACCACAGGAUGGCACUGACAAGACAGUGGUGCAAAGUCAGGAAGUCCAAAUACUUUCUCAGCAGUACUUUAGUAUUUAUUUUUCCGAUGACUUUUUCUUUCAUUCCAAAUAUUGUUGAAAACAGACUGCUGUUUUCUCCUCCUUACUUCUGCAAAGUAGGCUUCUUUUUUCAUUCACCUCUUCUUACAUAAUCUCAAGAGUGAGCGGGCAGCAGGUGUGUUACAUUUACGUUUUUCUGCUCUCACACACUCAACAUUACGGGUCACCGGAAGUUCAAUAUGACACCCAAUGGCAAAGAAUUGUUGCUUUGCUCUACAUGAGGGAUGGAACGUCUGACCCGCACCCACACUCGGGAGUAGCCCUUGAUUCAUUUUUGAAAACAAUAUUGACUGUAGCUACACAGCUUUUUGCUGUGUGAACGGCGUUCGCCAGCAGGACCCAGAAUGCAGAGGGGACACUCUGGCUUUGCAGGGCUCCUAUGACAAAGCAGUGUGAGAUUUACGGCCAUAUACAUAGCGUACUUCACUCUUAAUAUUUCGAUGAGUCGGCCUGAUAGUUAGGGGAUUUUGAAUGACAUGCGGGACAAACACAGUUGAAGAACAUUUGAGUGAGUUGAGUUUUUUGUGAAUGUUUACAAAAUAAGUUCUUGCACUGCAUGUUGCUGUGCAGUUCAGAUGUUCUGUGCUAUCUUUGGGAAUGUUUUCUUGUAAGAGAUCCCUUUGCACAGGGGGAAAAAUGGUAUGUUGUUGUUUUUUGUGGGGGUUUUUUUGCUUCAAAGCCUUUGUAGUUCAGGAAUGGUUCCUGUAUACAUGCAGUGGAGCAUUAAAAGAUAGCACGAUUGUAUUCUGUGUAUUGGUUCAAUAAAA